AUCUGGUAUACAGUGUGUUCUUAACUGAGGAGGAUUAUCUAACAAACUAACCACCAACAUACCCUUUAAAAUAGGUGUUUUCCAGUAAUAGAGAUCGACUGCGGGCUCCGUCAUGUGCACUGAUGAGUGACUGUCACUAACCUGUUAUUAUUAGCAGACUAACAGCACCACCACUACAUGGAUACUGGAUAGUUAACAACAGUUAGCCUGUUAGCAUCUGUGUAAUAUGAUGGAGGACACAGACAGAGGGAUAGACUUCCAAACUAAAUACUGGAUUAAAUCACGACCAGGACGGUUUCAUUUGGUUUCUUAACAGUGUUGCUAACAAAACAUGUCAAGAAUAUGACAUGUGUAUAUACAUUUGAUGGCUGCCAGUGCCAAUACACACUAAGUUUGACAACUACCAACUACCAUAGUAAUGAGAUCUGCGAAAAUGAAUGGUUUAAGGUUGGAGAUGGCUCACUCUUCAGGAAGUUCUCAAGAGGGACAGACUGAUAACAAUCCAAACAAACACACACAAGCAGACAAGACAGAAACACCUGUCGCUGUCAGGCCUGAUCCUCAACUUUCUGAUAAUGGACAGAGAAGGCAAAGUGACUGUUCAGAUGUACUUCCUGAGGAAUAUAAUUCAAAUGAUAAAUGUGAUGCUUCCUGGUACCAGGGCCCUUUCACCAAAUCUCUGCAGAAGGCAGAGGCUCUGUUCCGGACCCGUUUUAACCCCAUGUGGCUCAUGAGGCAGAAGACCAAAGAUGGCAGCUGGGACUCUGAGAUGGACAGCAUCACUUCCUGUUCCUCUAGGCGUAUCCAGCACCUUGGGCAAACUUUACAAAGCCUCAGAUCUCAGUGCCACAUCCUGCAAGAUCCUGCGUCGGGAGGCAUGCUGUUUGGCUGUGUUACAGGUCCGUCUUCCUCUGUGGAGGGCGAAUUUUACCACCAGCCUCAGAUGGCAACCCUCAGCCAGCAUUACUGCCAGCUACAACACCUGAUGGAGCAGCGAGCCAAGCUGAUCUUUCUCCACGAAUACGCCCAGCGCUUGCAAGUAGCCACCUGUUUUGUGGGUCAACUGGACAUGGUGUUGGAGAGGACACAUCUGCUCUUGGCAGACAAGGGUCAUGUUGCGGAGCAGCCCAACUCUAUGUGGAACCUCGGCCUUAGAUCCUUGUGCCAGGAGUUACAAGUUCACCUUAACCAUUGGGACAUGCUCUGGGCCAAAGCUCGCUCCGACCCCUUGCUUCGCCGAGUUCUCUUCAGCUGUGUGGCGACCCUUGCUUCCAUGCGGCAAACUCUCCAGGUGCUGGGCUUCCAGGCCUUGCAGUUAAUGGAGCGUUGUAUUUACACCGCUUUCUCUGCUCUAGCCUUAGCUCAGUUGGAUCGCGUGCCUAGAGAUGCUUUAGUCGAUCUUCUGUGUGCGGUUGAGCUGUACAACCAGGUUGUCGAAGACAGGAGGGGUAGUGGUAGAACAUCUCCCUGGAGCUCACAGAUUGUCUUUAGGCCAGACUGUUUGCAGUUUGUCUCUAGUUUUUUUCGGAAUGGUGUCAGUCCUAAAACAUUCCCAGUUGAGCAGCUAAUGAUGAUUGUAGCUCAGAGUCAAGCACAAAAAGCAGCUGAGCAACUUUACACAUGGACUUCACAGCAAAGUAACCUCCUCUAUGUUGCGAACAGCCCCAGCGAGCCGAGGGGUCAUUUGGAAUGCCCUAAACUCUAUAGUCACACAUCACCCACAAUUAAUAUACAUACAGUACAACUCAAACAUCAGGCUGAUGCUGGUGAGCUGCCCAAAAAGCCCCUUCACACCCUCUGGUCCUCGAAUCUUCUGUUCUCUUCGUUUAUUUCUCGAGACAGAGAGUGUCUCGAUACUCUCUUUCAAGCCCUGGUGACCUCAACGAAUCUUUUGGCUCCACAUAUUCCCAUUGAAGAAGAAGAAAGGCUACUGAACAGACCCAGAAUGACCUCCAGGACAAACAAUGUGGUCCCAAAUGAUGUCAGGAAGUCGGAAGCAUGCGCGAAGCUCUUCACUCAUUAUAAGCAAAUGCUAUGGAGAGAAUUUGCUAAAGCAGCUGUAAAACACUUUUAUUACCAGCCAAACAACAGCACUCUGGGUAGCAUCAACCAGUGGAAUGAUGAAAUGGUGCUUCUUUUGGUCACAUGGCUCAGACACUCUUAUACUGAAGAUCACAUCCCUGAAGAAUGUAAAGAAAGUUUAAGCAAUUUCUGCUCUUAUAUUUUGUCUACUGCUGCCUUCACACAGUGGGACGAAAUGAUGUGUUUGUCACUGGGCUCAGGCUUGAAAGAGAAGUGUGUUCCUGCAGUUAAGCAGGAAAGAUCUGCAGUGAGAACUGUAACUAUGGAUCACAUCCUGCAGCUUUUCCCUCCUCUCCAUACUGUUCUUCAGUUUCUACAACACCCAGACAUGGAGUCAGGUGACGGUGGAUCCAAUAGCCUUCUGGGAUUGUUGUGUAGGUCUGUUGCUACUGUUCAGUCCUCAACCUUCUGGGUCAUGAGUAAAGCUUACCAAUUUCUGGCCUCCUGGUCCCUCAGCAAGUUCCUGUUGGUCACACAAGGAGAUCUUAAGGAUCUCAAGGACUCAGUGGAGAGCCUGGUCCAGCUGACUGGAGCUGUCAGCAGAGAUUCAGUUCAUCCUCUGAUAAUUCAUCAGACAGCAUCACUCUCUCAGGCAGUCAUGGAUCUACAAGCAUUCUCUGAUCUCGUCUUGAGGAUGUUUUCUUUGGACUGUAAGAGAAUGUCUGUGGAGAUCUUUGAACAAACCAUGCCAUCAGCCAAGCACUGGAGGAUCAAUUACAAAACAGAGUUGCCCAGUAGCCCUAGUGAUUAUGCAGCAUGUGCAGCCCAGAGUGUGAUUGGUCAGGUGCUGAACAGUGUGCAGCCUCUGCCUGAUGAUGCUCGUAUCCCUGCGCUAACUGAGGCCAUGACUGCCUUCAUGGAGGCCUGGAUGGAGCACAUCCUCAAACAGAAAAUCAAGUUUAGUAUUCAGGGAGCUCUGCAGCUGAAGCAGGACUUUGAUCUGAUUCGAGAUCUCAUUCGUUCAGAGGAGUACAGUCUGUCAGAGGAGCUGCAUCAGAAGCUGUUGUCACUGCGUGUCUUUCAUCAGGUGGAUAAUGCUAUAGUGUGUCUGCUGCAGCAGCCUAUGGCCAAACCAUACCUGCCCUCCCGUGGCUGGGAGCCCUUUAGACACUGCUGUCCAAACGGUUCUCAGGUGAUGGAUCAGGCUGCAGGCAGUCUAAAUAACCUGGAGAGUAUGGACAUACAGGCAGCAUGCCAUCAGGCCCUGACCCAAGCCGAGAGCUCCAUGGCCCCUGAACUGCUCACCUCCACCGCACCUGAGUCUUACCUGGCUGUAGCUCAGCAGGAAUGGCUGGAUCUGAGAAUACACAGCGGAUCCCGCUGGAAGCUCCCAGUUCUGCAGUGUUUCACAAAAUCGGAACCCUAAUCAGAAUGACCAGAGAGGAUAUAUCUGUCUUUACUUGUUGACUUUCACAAAGACUACCUUGAUUUUACAUUCAUAUCAGCUGUGUUGUUUAGUUUGUUUAUAAGAACGGGAUGGUCACCAUAAUUGGCCAACAAACAGUGCAAAUUUCUUGCCAGACAUUCUUGCCAGUAAUAAAGUAACCUAGUAUGUGAAGCUCUGUGCUGAUUUUACAGUUGUAGCAAUUGUAUUUUCUGUGAAAAGCAAUGUAUCAUCAAGAUACACAAUUGUGUCAUUGUUAAUGCCUUUUUGAAUAAACACUGAAAAUAACAAAAUGUUUUAGAUAUACACAUUUA